UAGGCUUCGGGAAAUUCGCGUGCUGGAGACGGGGUGCGCCGUCACCGCGCUUUCUGCAUCGGGUUACGCCAUCAUUCAUCCAGGGUCAUUCGGUUCACCGGGGUAACGGAGAUGAUGGCCACAUCACGGGCGCGCGUGCCUCCGUGCUCCUCAUGACCGACCGGCGGCGUCGGCAGCAGCAGCAGCAGCAGCAGCGUGCGGGUUUGGGUUUGUCUCACACCGGGCUGGCGCGGAACCGAUCCCACCGUCUGGCGGAGCGUCUGCCAGGCUGAGUCACCACUGGAGUGUCUGAAGGGUCGAGAGAGAGAGAGAGAGAGAGAGUGAAGUGAAGGAGGAGGCUGAGACGUUACAUCACAGCGUGGCAGAGAAAGUGAGAGGAAGAGUGUGAGAGAACAGGGGAGCCGAGCGAGGGAACAGGACAGAACCGCCAGCAGGAAGUCGAGCACUGGAGUGACCCUUGAACUCUGACCUCGCAGCCAACAUGAACGACCAGAACGUAGUGAAAGAGGGCUGGGUGCAGAAGAGAGGUGAAUACAUUAAGAACUGGAGGCCGCGCUACUUCCUGUUAAAGACGGACGGCUCGUUUAUUGGAUAUAAGGAGAAGCCGCAAGACGCAGAUCUGGCGUAUCCGCUCAACAACUUCUCCGUGGCCAAGUGUCAGCUGAUGAAGACGGAGCGGCCGAAGCCCAACACCUUCAUCAUCAGGUGUCUGCAGUGGACCACCGUGAUCGAGCGCACGUUUCACGUGGACACGCCUGACGAGAGGGAUGAGUGGGUCGAGGCCAUUCAGAUGGUGGCGGACAAGCUGGCCAAACAGGAAGAGGAAGGAAUCCUCUGUAGCCCCAUCUCUCAGAUCGAAAACGUCAACGAGGAAGAGAUGGACACGUCGACCAGCCAUCACAAACGAAAGACAAUGAACGACUUUGACUAUCUGAAGCUGCUGGGUAAAGGCACGUUUGGGAAGGUGAUUCUGGUGCGGGAGAAGGCCAGCGGCACAUAUUAUGCAAUGAAGAUCCUGAAAAAGGAGGUUAUUAUUGCCAAGGAUGAAGUCGCUCACACGCUCACCGAGAGCAGGGUCCUGAAGAACACGAGGCAUCCGUUUCUUACUUCGCUGAAAUACUCAUUUCAGACGAAGGACCGUUUAUGUUUUGUUAUGGAGUACGUGAACGGAGGAGAGCUGUUUUUUCAUUUGUCGAGAGAGCGCGUGUUUUCGGAGGACAGAACCCGUUUCUACGGCGCCGAGAUCGUUUCUGCGCUGGAUUACUUGCACUCUGCGAAGAUUGUUUACCGCGACCUGAAGCUGGAAAACCUGAUGUUGGAUAAGGACGGUCACAUAAAGAUCACUGAUUUCGGCCUGUGCAAGGAGGGCAUCACGGACACGGCCACCAUGAAAACGUUCUGCGGGACCCCGGAGUAUCUGGCCCCCGAGGUGCUGGAGGACAAUGAUUACGGGAGAGCGGUGGACUGGUGGGGUCUGGGGGUCGUCAUGUAUGAGAUGAUGUGUGGACGCCUCCCCUUUUAUAAUCAGGACCAUGAGAAGCUGUUUGAACUGAUUCUGAUGGAGGAGAUCAAGUUUCCCAGAACCCUCUCUGCAGACGCCAAGUCUUUACUGUCUGGAUUACUCAUCAAAGACCCCAAUAAGAGGCUCGGAGGAGGCCCGGACGACGCGAAGGAAAUCAUGAGACACAGUUUCUUCACUACACUGGACUGGCAGGACGUCUAUGACAAAAAGCUGGUACCACCGUUCAUGCCACAGGUCUCGUCUGAGACGGACACCAGGUAUUUCGACGAGGAGUUCACGGCGCAGACCAUCACCAUCACCCCUCCAGAGAAGUACGACGAGGACGGGAUGGACUCGGCCGAUAGCGAACGGAGACCACAUUUCCCACAAUUCUCGUAUUCAGCCAGCGGGCGGGAGUGAUGUCAUCGAAUAACGCCGUUUAAGGAGCCCCUCGUAGCCAUGCUAGAAAGAGCCCCCUCUCUCCUCCUCCUCCGUUGAGUUACCGAUAGUCAUAGCGAGUCCUUUUUGUUGCUUUCUGUUGGUUUUAGUUUUUUUUUUCGUGGGAAU